UUCGUCGACGUUAAAUAAAGCUUAACGCACUAGCUCUUAACGGCGAAAUCUAGCGAGGGUCAGCGAGACGAAGAGUCGGCUAAAUCCAUGGACGAGAACAGUCCAGCACUAAAUAAGUUCCUACAAGAUGUUCUGAAGGCUCAAACCGAUUUAAAGUGGAUAGAUCAAGCACUGCGUGAUGUUAAUCGCGAGAAGGAUUGGAAGAAGAACAGUCAAAAUGUUAAUAAAUUACGCGAGAAAAGAGGCUCCGGCGAGAACUACGAAACUACACGGCAGUUGAAUAGAAAUACGUACAGAGAUGAAAAUCCUCUGGAACUUUCCCAGAGAUCGCGUUUUGAUAAUGACAUGACGUUCAAGAGGAACGUCGAUCUCGAUGACGUCGAUGCGUAUGAAAAGGGAAAGAAGAGAAAAGAGGUUCACCUUUCUCCCGCCUAUGACAAAGAAACGAUAGACGAUCAGAUUCGGAAAAACUGGUCCAAGACGAAGGAUCUUUGUUCUCUGAGCGACUGGCUGAACUCGUACAAAAACUCCGGGAACGAAAAGGAUAAAUUUGAGGAUCGAUGGAUCCACGAUUACGACGCCAGUCAAAGAAAUAGACUUAAUUCCUUGGACGGUGACAAAGAAGCAAACGCGGAAGCGGGUAACGCGUUGAUCGUGAGAAAUCAACGAGCCGAAACGAAGAAGAACGAGGCGACGUCGCUGGAAUCUCUCAGAGAAACGAUAUUAGAACUAAAAAAAAGCCUGAAUGAAACUGACAAAAAACGGCGCGAGAAUUCCAAAAAUUUGGAUACUUGGAGUGUUAAAGAAAAGCAGAGCAACAAGCAGGAACAGAAGAAGCGAACUGCUGGUGGAAGGAACAACUACCGAAAAAGCGAAAACGAUGACGAAGGAAACUUCGGCUGGUGGGAAAGUCUAGGAGCAGAAAGGUUGAAUUUAAAAAAGCGUGAGCCAAGCACCGAGGAUCUUGAUGAGAAGAAUGCUCAUCUGAAAGUGUGGAGAACGAAGAGGACUGGAGUUAAUAACGACGAUGGUAACCCGAAACUCUUUCAUAGAGCGGGGUUUGGGGACCCGUACCUUGAAGAGGACACGCUAAAAGAGCUUCAUGACCGUAAAAGACGCAGCAAAGGAACGCCGUCAGAUGAGAAACGUCAUUUAAACGAAGCUGAGGAUGGAAACAAGUCGGCAGCUGAUGAGAAAAAUUCCAUAAAAAUAUCAAAGACAUCUGGCUGCGGCGUCGCGGAUGCUUCCGGUAAAAUAGAAUCUUUGUCGAAUGAUUUGCAAGCAAGGAACGCUUUCGAACGUGAGAGCGAAUUAACGAAUAAUCCGGCAGAUACCGUGGCUUCCGACGUCUCAAAGGCGGCCACGGAUGAGAGUAAAAACACGGAAACAGGCGGAAAUUGCGAACAAUCGGAUCUAUCGCGGGAAAAUCAGAACGCGAUGGAAAACAAGUUGAUGAAGAACAAAGAAAAGGGUGAAAGUCCCGAGGGAAAUUCUUUGCAAACCUACGAAUCCACGACGAAUGAAUUGCAGGCUGCUUCGUCUACCGAAACCCCGAAUCAAGAAAAUGUCGGCUCGAGCAAGGGAGAACAGGUGAUCAAAGCCUUUGAACCUCAGAGGCAUUUGCGCGAAAACAACGAACGCGCAAAAGAAGUCGAAGAAACCGACGACGAGCACGACGAAUUGUCUUCGCAGGUGAAGAGAUCUGCCAAAGAUUCUGGAAAUAUCAAUAUCCUGGUCAAAUCAGAAAACAAGAAUCUGAUCGAGUUCAGUAACGCGGAUGGCGAGAGUAAAAAAUUACCGAACGGUGGACAAUCGCCGUUCGUGUUGAAUAUAGUUGACGUGAAGAAGAAGACGAUCGUGGAGAACGAGCAGAAAGGUGGAAAAUCGGUUUCGAUGCUUUACAACAUGAAGUUACACAAGUCACAGGUCGAUAAGCCUGUCGAAGGUGCGAAUAAACGAGAUGCAGAGCCGAGAAACGACGAAGUUCCGGUUGGUAGCGUGGUGCUUGAUUUUCGGAAGAAUAAACUUAAGGAAGUGCCAUACGAAGACACGCCCGCGUCUACGAACACGAUGAAAGAAAGGAACGUGGAUGAGAAACGACUUGAGAACUCUGCAGACCUCGACAAAGGAUCGGAACAAAGCGGCGUCAAUGAAGAAGGAACUCGAAACUGGUUCGGAGAGGCAGCUCGUAAUCAGAUGGCUAUGAACGUCGAUCACGGUGCAGCUGAGAAAUGUAAUGACCUAGGCGGAAAGGAUAAAUUUACGAACGCAGAGGGGCGGUUUAACGAUAAUAAAGAGAAGGGAGACUCCGUUCAGGGAUCUAAUAAGGAGGCAGAGCCGAACGGAGAGAAUAAAGAAGGAAGAAAUAAGAAAUAUAGAGAAAUAUUCAUAAUGACCAAUGGAAUAGAUGAUAGGAUAAUGAAUGAUAAAUAUGGUCAGAGAAGGAUAUUGCAGUAUAUGGAGUACUCUAACGACGAUGUCGAAGAUACCGAUGUGAAUUACAGUGACAAAGAGGAAGAGGAAAAUCAACAUCAGGCUGCUGCAGAGAAAAGCGACGCAGCAACACGAAGGAAAGAACGAGCCGCGUACAGCGACAAAAAGAAAGAUAAAGUGAAUCUGUUGAUUAAAGAGAAAAUCGACAAAAAGAAAAAACCUCGCCAGAGAAAAAGACGUAAUCCAAGUGUAAUCGAAUACUACGAUUACGAUAGCAACCUCGAGCAGCAGGAUCACGAAUCGUUGUCACCGACAAGCGAGCAACAGCGAAUUAAAAACAAUUAUCAAGACAAGAGCGCCAUCGAAUCCGACGCGGGACCUGGUAAUCACGCGUGCACUUCCCCAUCGAAAAACUAA